AUGGCAUUGCCGGGUAGGCAGUCGAUCUCUUCCCGACCGACACCGCAAGCACCAUCGUCUCCAGAUCUUUUGAGCUCGCCUAUCGAACUUGAGGAGACCCCACGACUGGAGACUGCCGCAGGAAAGAGAGAUACCGCGACUGAAUAUGAUUUUUCCACUGAGCUGGCAGACUUGCCGUCUGACGCCUUCUCUUCCUCGUCUUCGUCGCCACAGAAGCAGGGCGAGGUGGAAGUCGCCGGUGCCCGCAGGCAUCUUGUAACACCUCAGACAGGCCUCCGUCAAACCACAUUGUUUGGGCGCGCUGGGGUUGAUGGCCAAAUCGCGCCCUCACAGGCAAACAAGCGGUACAACUUCGUCGUCGAUCAGAAAGCAGAACCGCCGACGCACCACAAACUUAACCCAGAAGCUAUCAAGACAUGGGUAUAUCCGACAAAUCUGGGCACCAUCCGAGACUAUCAGUUCAACAUCGUCCAGAGAGGUCUUUUUCACAAUUUGCUAGUCGCCCUCCCCACCGGUCUCGGCAAAACCUUCAUUGCAGCGACCAUCAUUCUCAACUGGUUUCGAUGGACGCUUGAUGCGCAGAUAGUCUUUGUCGCCCCGACGAAACCAUUAGUAGCCCAACAAAUCGAGGCUUGUUAUAAAAUCGCGGGUAUACCACGCUCGUGUACCACAAUGCUCACCGGGGGGGUUCAAACUGGCCUGAGAGCAGAGGAGUGGAAAGAUAAGAGAGUCUUCUUCAUGACUCCCCAAACUCUGCUCAAUGAUCUCAAAUCCGGAUAUGCAGAUCCGAAGAGGAUUGUGUUGCUUGUUGUCGACGAAGCACAUCGGGCAACCGGUGCCUAUGCAUAUGUCGAAGUUGUGAGCUUUCUCCGACGCUUCAACACGAGUUUUCGGGUAGUGGCUUUAACAGCAACGCCUGGCGCUGAUGUGGAGUCAGUCCAGAAGGUUAUCGAUGGUCUCGAGAUCUCUCGAGUGGAGAUCCGAACAGAAAACUCCAUGGACAUUUGCAGCUAUGUGCACCAGCGAAAGAUUGAAAAGCAAGUUUUCCAGAACACCGACGAGAUGGAGAUGUGUAUGGAUCUCUAUAGCGAAGCUCUGCAACCGCUGGUAAACACUGUCGCUGGUUUGAACGCAUAUUGGAGCAAGAAUCCUCGCGAUCUGACACCUUUCGGUUGUCAGCAAGCUAAGAAGAAAUGGUUCAUGGAAAUUGGCCGUAACGCAAACCGAGGCCUUCAGAGCACAGUACACACCAUCUUUGCCAUUCUUGCAUCCAUCUCGCACGGCAUGGAUCUGCUGAAGUUUCACGGCAUGGGUCCCUUUUACGUCAAGAUGAAAGAGUUUCAAGACGAGGCCACCAAGACAAAAUCCAAGUACAAGAAGCAGAUUCUCGAUAGUGACGCAUGGAAGAAGCUCAUGGUGCGCCUCCAAGGAUGGAUCACUGACGACAACUUUGUCGGUCAUCCCAAAUUAGAAUAUCUGCAGCAAGUCAUCCUCGACCACUUCAUGAACGCAGGUGACGGCCGGAACGUUGACGGUGCGCCUCCUUCACAGACAAGGAUCAUGGUAUUCGCCCACUUUCGUGACAGUGCUGAGGAAAUUGCGCGCAUUUUGAAGAGACACGAACCAAUGAUUCGCCCUCGUAUCUUCGUGGGACAAGCACACGGAAAGAACUCGGAAGGCAUGACCCAGAAAGACCAGCUAGAGGCUGUCGAAAAGUUCAAAAAUGGUGAAUUCAACACACUUAUUGCUACCUCGAUUGGUGAAGAGGGUCUGGACAUUGGCGAGGUUGACCUCAUCAUCUGCUACGACUCAAAAGCAUCACCUAUCCGAGCUUAUAGCAAAUGGCACGCACUUCAACUUUCACGACAAGACUGGCUUCCUGUGCCAAAGAAGGGCCGGCGGACCAAGAAACCUCCCAAGAAAUUCCAUAUGCCCGAUGACGUCAUCACCGGUUUUGUCACUGCAGGGCGAAUGGGCGAAGAGAUUGUAGCAAAGGGUCGUGGGAAGAAAGCAGCAGUUUCCGUCUAUCCUAGCGAGGAGCUCUUUGCAGUACCGUCAUUGGAGUCGGUCUUACUGGAUGAUGCAGCUACUCGUGAUCUAGAGAGCCGGUACCAGACUGUCUUCGACGAUGAUGAGGCACCCACGGUCGGCAUGCUUGACCUGGGGAAGUAUCCCGAGCGGCAGCGGGUUUUGCCUCAUACGAAUCAUCGAAUCGGUCCGGGUCGUGUCACGCGGGCUUUUGCUGGUACGAUGCAGCGCAUGCACGACAUGGACAACGACCGCCUCGAUGCUUUGAAGCGUGAUUUGCGCUACUCCGACUGCGAAUUAAAUGUAGACGACGGUUUUGUCGUCUCGAAUACAGAAGUAGCUCCGGUGAUCGAGGAGGACAUAUGGGAGGACGAUCAUCCCGCCUCACAGAGCCUUCCAAUAGGCAGAGCAAAGCCGGUACCCAAGGCUAAAGCAAAGGAGCCGGCCAAACCGAAAAAGGCAGCAGCACCAAAGGCCAAGCAAAAGCUAGGUCCAGAGCCUCAAGAAAAUGUUAGUCCUAUGGCCCCAAAGACCCCGGCGCCUCGUGCUCGGCCGCGAAAGGACAAGGCUGCUGUGGAGACGCCUAUUCAUCAGGUUAGAGCGACUAGUGAGACUCCGAGAACGAAGACGCCGGACUGGCGUGUAUCUGGCCAUGCUCAGGAGGGCGAUGAAUCCUCACCGCCACCAACAGAUCCCCGUUUUCGCCUUGCAUCUCAAGCUGACACGAUCGGCUCCGAUGACACAGCAGGUGCAGACGAGCCACAAGAUACACAAGCAUAUCUGCUUGAUUCGGAGCUGGCGAGCUUCAUUGUCGAAGAAGGGGUAGAGGAGAUAGUCCCAACUUCUAGUCUCCCCAGCAUUGACUUCAAUGGCGUUGGAGCAGGCACGCAAGCAGUCGUCAAGGCUGCUAGACCAAAGAGAACGCCAAGGCGUGAGAAGAUAUUUACGAGCGAUGUGACUGACAACGAUGCGGUUGUCAGUAGCGAUAGCGAUGAUGAGUCACCGCUCAAGAAGCCUGGAAAUGGUCUGGUACAAGACGCCCCUAUUCAUGUAGAAGGAUUGGGCAGGCAGAUUGAUGCUGCCUCUGACGGCGCCACCUUCGUAAUCGUUGCGUCGCACGUCCACGAUGAGUAA